GUGGCAGCCCGAUCGCGCCCAAAAAGCAGCCCUGCAACCGAUAACUAUCGCCUUAUCAGCUGUUUUGUUUCUGCUUUCUUUUUUCGUAUCCGGUUCACGCAAUUGUUGCUGAUCGACGACCAAACGCUGCAGAAUGGCUCCCAGGAAAGCUAAAGUUCAGAAGGAGGAGGUGCAGGUUCAGCUUGGACCUCAAGUUCGCGAUGGAGAGGUCGUCUUCGGAGUGGCUCACAUCUACGCCAGCUUUAACGACACUUUCGUGCACGUUACGGAUUUGUCCGGCCGUGAGACCAUCGCCCGUGUCACCGGAGGUAUGAAGGUGAAGGCCGAUCGUGAUGAGGCUUCGCCCUACGCCGCUAUGUUGGCCGCCCAGGAUGUGGCGGAGAAGUGCAAGACCUUGGGCAUCACUGCUCUGCACAUCAAGCUGCGUGCCACCGGAGGCAACAAGACCAAGACCCCUGGACCCGGUGCCCAGUCUGCUCUGCGCGCCUUGGCCCGUUCUUCGAUGAAGAUUGGCCGCAUCGAAGACGUGACUCCCAUCCCAUCGGACUCCACCCGCAGGAAGGGCGGUCGCCGUGGUCGUCGUCUGUAGGGAUGCGCGCUAUUUGUAUUGACGCUGUGUUAACCUUUUAUACAAUUAAAAAUACAGCUGAAAUAAAAUUGGAAGUGCAUUGAAAA